UGCAGGGUGUCUCAGGCCAUUGAAAUGCAUCGAAGACAGAGACUUGCUGGUCCAAGACAUUACCAUGUUCCAGGUGGUCCACAGAGUUGCCGGGGCAUUUGAAAGAUUUAAGGAGGGGCUGAAGGUCCUUGGUGUUCUAGAUGCAAUCAGAAUGCAUCCAGAAAGUUUCAGGCCCUUAAUGUGCCACGAACCAACGGCUCUCACUGCUGACUUAAUGGACCAUCUUUUCCACAUCCGGCUGUCUGAAGUGGGAAGCAACAAGAGAAGGACAGAGGAACUUGUUGUACCAUUUUGGAGGGAUUACCUGCAAGAUGUUGAAGAGCAAGAGGGACCAUCAAAGCUAGGUAAAAUCCUAGCCUUUGCAACAGGUGCAAGUGUCGUCCCUCCAGUUGGCUUCUCCCCUCAGCCAUCAAUUGAUUUCCUGCAUGAACAUUCCUCCAGCCCCAAACAGCGUUUGCCCAUGGCGAACACUUGCAUCAACUGCCUAAAGUUGCCACUGCUUGACACUUAUGAGGCUUUUAGGGAGAGCAUGGACUUUGCAAUAGGUAACACACAGGGUUUUGGUAGAGAAUAACUGGGGAACAUUGUGUGUGUUCCAGCCAGGUA